AUGGCGCGCGUUCGCCCGCUGGUUUGGGCGCACCGCGGAGCGUCCAAGGCGUGCCCCGAGAACACGUUGGCUGCCUUCCGCGCAGGAUUGGAAGCCGGUGCUGAUGGAGUUGAGCUCGAUGUUCAUCCUAGCUUGGAUGGGCAUGUGAUUGUCAUCCAUGAUGCCAAACUGGAUCGCACCACGGACGGUACGGGGCUGGUUUGUCAAGCAACCCUGGAUGAGAUACGGCGCCUGGAUGCCGGAUCAAAGCAUUCCCCAGCUUUCCGGGGCGAGAAGGUUCCCAUGUUGAGCGAGGUCCUCGAUCUCGCCAUGCAAUGGCCUGGCGGGAGCAAAAAAGUUCUUAUCGAGCUGAAGGGUGGCUUCUCCGGGGUUCCAAACUGGGUCCAGGCAGCUCUACGCAGGGCAGGUGUUAUGAAGAAGCAGGAGCCGUCCUAUCCAAACUUGGCGCGGCUGGUUGCAGAAGCGUUGCAGCCGUAUCAGCGUCAGGUCGGAGAAGGCCUGAUUGUAGCGCAGUCUUUCUAUCAACCUUAUUUGCACGAACUGCGAGAUUUGGUUCCUUCUUUGGAAGUCAUGUACUUGUCCCUGGCCUCUCGGUCUGGGCUUCUGGAGAAGGAAGACCUGCAGCAUGUCGGGCUUGGUUUCUCAGGUGUGGCUGUCAGGCACUCUUCAUUAUCUGCACUUGGUACUGAGAGGCUACGCCUGGCGCAGGGGCGCGUCUUCGCCUGGACAGUCGAUGCUACUAAUGAUCUGGAAGCAGCAAUGGAAGUGGGCGUCGAUGGUAUCAUUACAAACCAUCCAGACAAGGCAGUGGCCUUGCUGGCAGGCAGCAGCACCCAUCCGAACAAAAGACGUCGCUUAUGUUGUGGCCGAGCAAGGCAUGUCAGCCGGGCCUAG